AUGCACCGCUUGAUGGGGGUCAACAGCACCGCCGCCGCCGCCGCCGCCGCCGGGCAGCCCAAUGUCUCCUGCACGUGCAACUGCAAACGCUCUUUGUUCCAGAGCAUGGAGAUCACGGAGCUGGAGUUCGUUGAGAUCACCAUCAUCGUGGUGGUGGUCAUGGUGAUGGUGGUGGUGAUCACGUGUCUGCUGAGCCACUACAAGCUGUCUGCUCGCUCCUUCAUUGGCCGGCACAGCCAGGGCAGGAGGAGGGAAGAUGCCCUGUCCUCGGAAGGAUGCCUCUGGCCCUCAGAGAGCACGGUGUCAGGCAAUGGAAUUCCAGAGCCGCAGGUGUAUGCCCCUCCCCGGGCCACCGACCGCCUGGCUGUGCCCGCCUUCGCCCAGCGGGACCGCUUCCACCGCUUCCAGCCCACCUACCCGUACCUGCAGCACGAGAUCGAUCUGCCGCCCACCAUCUCGCUGUCGGACGGGGAAGAGCCCCCGCCCUACCAGGGCCCCUGCACGCUCCAGCUGCGGGACCCCGAGCAGCAGCUGGAGCUGAACCGGGAGUCGGUGCGCGCACCCCCGAACAGAACCAUCUUCGACAGCGACCUGAUGGAAAGUGCCAUGCUGGGCGGCCCCUGCCCCCCCAGCAGUAACUCGGGCAUCAGCGCCACGUGCUACGGGGGCGGUGGGCGCAUGGAGGGACCGCCCCCCACCUAUAGCGAGGUCAUCGGCCACUACCCCGGCGCCUCCACCUUCCAGCACCAGCAGAGCAGCGGGCCAGCCUCCUUGCUGGAGGGCACCCGGCUGCACCCCGCACACAUCGCCCCCUUGGAGAGCACAGCGGCCUGGAGCAAAGAGAAGGAUAAACAGAAGGGACACCCCCUCUAG